UACGUGCUUCCCACACGUCGACAAUGACAGUUUGAACAGCGUGGACAGAUAUUCCACCCUAAUCUUAUCCUGUUCUAUUUAAUCAAGCCAGUAAAUAGGUCUUGUUCUAUUUUUCCUACUUUUAAUUGCAUUGAUCAGGAGAAGUUCAGGAGAUUUCUGAAGCCCCAAACCCAUGGCAUUGGCCUUCGUUCCAAGCCUUCGGACUCCAAUAUGGUCGCCAAGGUCCAAUUCUUCGAAGCUUCACGGCCAAAACAAUCGAAGCCAAAUUGCCCCAAUAAUGUGCAAGAAAAAGAAGCAGGACAAUUCGGGCUCGAACACCAUCAAGGCCUCCUACAGCAAGCCUCUGAAGGCCCGCCUAGCAGAGGGCGAGAAGCUCUAUGGGGCUUUUCUUAUGGGCUUUUCACCACUUGUAGCUGAGAUCAUGGGCUACGCGGGCUAUGAUUUUGCUGUCGUGGACAUGGAGCACGGCCCUGGGGAUUUCAUGGCGGCUGUUCCUGUACUGCAGGUGUUGGCCUCCACAAAUACCCCUGCGAUCAUACGGAUCCCUGAUAACGACCCUGUUAUGGCUAAAAAGGCCAUGGAUUUAGGGCCCCAGGGGCUUAUGUUCCCCAUGAUUGAGAGCCCUAAGGACGCUAAGAAGGCCGUUUCCUACUGCCGCUACCCGCCCAAGGGCAUCCGCGGGGCUGCACAUGCUGUCGUCAGAGCUUCCCGCUAUGGGAUUAACGAAAAUUAUCUGAACGAGUAUGAAGAUGAGUUGCUGGUCAUGUGCCAGGUGGAGUCUGAGGAUGCCGUGAAGAAAAUCGAGGAGAUUGCUCAGGUUGAGGGUGUUGAUUGUAUUCAGAUGGGUCCAACUGAUUUGGCUUCUAGUAUGGGAUUUUUGAGCGAUUUGGGAAACAGGAAGGCCAAGGAGAUGUUGAUGAAGGCGGAAAGAGGGGUUUUGGGGGCUAAGAAUGGGGCUUUUCUAUCUGGUUUUGCGUUGCCGACUGACCCUCCGGAUGAGCUUCAGAAGAGGGGCUAUCAUAUGGUGAGUGGGGCUGUGGAUAUUAGCUUGAUUAGAAAUGCUGCACUUGCGGAUGUGAGGAAGUAUAAAGCCUGGAAUGGUGGUGGUGCUUCUGCUGACAUGGAAGAGAGCCAUGAUGUGGAGGUUUUGUCCGGCGAUGAAGCUGAGAAGGAAUAUGCAUGAAAUUCAUCACUGCAGUUGUGCACUUGGGAAUGUGUAGAGGGAAGAAGCAAUUCCAAUCUCUGUGGAGACCUGGAGGAUACACAAAAUCGUCAUAGGUAGGGUAUAUAACUUUCCCCAAUGGAUUAUGGAUGUUUAGAAUUUACUAGUUCAAUAAUGUAGUUUUGGUCACUCAGUGAUAGGUGAUCUUAGAAGUAAACUGAAAAUCCUAUAGCUUAUAUAGAACGAGUCAUAAGCUGGUGGACUCUUGUAGGAUUCAAAUUUACUGCAGUCAGGCAGGGUGAGUGGAUGGGAGUAUGUCUGUUACGUUCUUCGGAAAGCUGUAAAAUGCUGUAAUACACCCAACCUAAAUCUUGGUCCAACUUGCGAAGGGUUUAGAUGCUCGGGACUACAAACUCUGCUUCUAUGGUGUGUCUGUUUUUAAACUUCAUCAUUGACCAAGCUAUUGUUAUGUGAACCAAAUGUAAAUAGAACUGUUCACUUUGUUUAUGAACAAAAAAAUGGGUCUGUGCAAAGCACUGAAGACAAUUUAAGCCUUGCUAAUGGUUGAGCUCUGUUAUAGAAAUCUCUCUUUUCAAUUUA